AAGAAGAGGAGCAGAGGCUCAUUUGCAUCUUAUUACCCUUCGCCUGCUGGCCCGGUAUAAAACCCUGUGCAGGGCAGGAGACCCAUCAGACAAACACACUGUUAUACCAGGGAGAGGCAGAGAGAGACGGAGGCUUGUCUUCUGUGUUCAGGAUCAGCAUAUCAUUAUCAAUCAAGUGGAAAAAUAAACAAGGCCGUCGAGAAGCUGCCUCUUUUCUCCUACAACACCGACUGAUUGGAAUUAACUCUUAAUAUUUCCAUCGGGGGAUUUCAUUCACGCUUUCUUCAAGGGGAUCCUUCUGCUGAGGAUUACUUUACACUGUAAAACUUUUUUUUUUCUCCCUCCCCCCUCUCCCCCCCUUUUGCUGUCAAAAACUCGUGCCUCGUAUGGGAAGUUAGAGGAGGCAGAAGUCAGACGCACCAAAGGGAAAGUUUCACUGCGCGUCAAGAGUUCACCUUGACUGUGACUUAACGGAAAGGUUUAAAAAACACACACACACACACUUUCUCCAUGAGUGUUUGAGCCGGGCUACUCGGACCUGUGGAGCUUUCACUGCUUGUUGAAGGGGCUGUCAACACAAUGGGACGCCUGUCGCUGCUCCUGGUUGUCACCUUCUCCCUCCUCACCUGUCAGGUUUUGUGCUCCGGUGUGUUUGAGCUGAAGCUGCAGGAGUUUCUCAACAAGAAAGGGGUAGCGGGGAACGCCAACUGCUGCCCCGGAGGCUCCGCUCAUCCGCAGGGCCACCAGCAGUGCGAAUGCAAGACUUUCUUUCGGAUCUGUCUGAAGCAUUACCAGGCCAACGUAUCCCCCGAGCCCCCCUGCACCUACGGCGGGGCCGUGACUCCGGUCCUCGGCUCCAACUCCUUCCAAGUUCCGGAGACCAACGCGGACAGCUUCACCAACCCAAUCCACUUUCCCUUCGGCUUCACGUGGCCGGGGACGUUUUCACUGAUCAUUGAAGCUCUGCACACUGACUCCCUGGACGACCUGACAACAGACAACCCAGAGCGUCUGAUCAGCAGGAUCACCACUCAGCGUCACCUCACUGUGGGAGAAGAAUGGUCCAAAGACAUGCAGCUGGCCGGCAGGACCGAGCUGCGUUACUCUUAUCGCUUCCUGUGCGAUGAGCACUACUACGGCGACGGCUGCUCUGUCUUCUGUCGGCCACGAGACGAUGCCUUCGGGCACUUCACCUGUGGCGAGCGUGGAGAGAUCAUAUGCAACUCUGGCUGGAAGGGACAGUACUGCACUGAGCCAAUAUGUCUUCCUGGCUGUGAUGAAGAACAUGGCUUCUGUGAUAAACCAGGAGAGUGCAAGUGUCGUGUAGGCUUCAGUGGGCGUUACUGUGAUGACUGUAUCCGUUACCCGGGCUGCCUCCAUGGCACCUGCCAACAGCCCUGGCAAUGUAACUGCCAGGAGGGAUGGGGCGGGCUCUUCUGCAACCAGGAUCUGAACUACUGUACGCACCAUAAGCCCUGCCUUAACGGAGCCACCUGUACCAACACCGGCCAGGGCAGUUACACUUGCUCCUGUCUACCUGGAUACACAGGUGCCAGCUGUGAGAUCCAGGUCAACGAAUGUUCCGGAAACCCCUGUCGCAACGGAGGCAGCUGCACUGAUAAUGACAAUAGCUACAAGUGCACCUGCCCACCUGGUUUCUAUGGCAACAACUGUGAGUUGAGCGCCAGUACCUGUGCAGAUGGGCCUUGCUUUAAUGGCGGACGUUGUGUAGACAACCCUGAAGGUGGCUACUUCUGUCAGUGCCUGAUGGGAUAUGCCGGCUUUAACUGUGAGAAGAAAAUUGACCACUGCUCCUCCAACCCCUGUUUAAAUGGUGCAGAAUGUGUGGAUCUCGUGAACUCUUACCUCUGUCAGUGUCCUGAGGGAUUUUCUGGUCCUAACUGCGAGGACAGCAGCAGCAUCUCUGGACACUGUCUGUCCUUCCCUUGUCAGAACGGAGGGACAUGUCAGGAGGGAGUGAAUGGCUACACAUGUAUCUGCCCUCCAGGCUAUACUGGCAAAAACUGCAGCUCCCCCAUCUCCCGCUGCCAUCACAACCCCUGCCACAACGGAGCCACCUGCCAUGAGCGUGGCGGCCGCUACUUGUGCGCCUGUGUGCCUGGCUAUGGUGGUCACAACUGCCAGUUCCUCUUACCAGAGAUCCCCAAGGGUCAGCCUGUGGUGGAUGGACCAGAUCGGCGAUAUUCUUUCACCAAACCUGGAAAUGAUGAUGAAGACCAGGAGGAUGACGAUGGCGGAUUCCCUUGGACGGCUGUGUGUGCCGGUGUCUUCCUCGUUCUCGUGAUCCUGAUCGGCUGCUCGGUGCUGGUGGUCUACAUUCGGGUCAAACUGCAAGAGCGGCAAAGUCACCACAGUGACAGUGUCCACAGCGACAGCCACGAGACCAUGAACAACCUGACGACCACCAACAAUUGUCUCCGCAGUGACAAGGAACUGGGCGCCAUGAUGACAACGUCAAUUAAAAACACCAACAAGAAGGCAGAUUACCACUCAGACCUUGCUGGGUCACUGGGUGGUCUGAGUGGAAUCAGCGGGCUCAACGGAUCAGAGAAGAAUGGCUUUAAGACUCGCUAUCCCAGCGUGGAAUACAACCUGGUCCACGAGCUGCGGCCUGAGGAGCUGCUGCUGUGUAAAGAAGAGGAGCACGACGAGCCAGAGGUCAAAUGUGAAAUGCUGGAUGAGUUCGACUCAGAGGAAAGAUACAGGAAGAGACAAAACAGUGAUGCAUCAGAAAAGAAACAAGUGGAGGAGUUGCCAAGCUGCAGCGAAGCAAAGUGUCAGUCAUCCAGCGAUCUCAACUAUCAAGCAGCAAGUGAUCUUAAAUACCAGUCAACCACCGACAUCAAAUACCAGUCUACCAGCGACGUCAAAUGCCAGUCCAUUAGUGAUGCUGAGUACCAAUGUCCCAGUGACAGCAGGUACCAGUGUACCACCGACACCAAAUACCAGUCCGUUUACGUCAUAUCGGACCAGAAAGACGAAUGUAUCAUCGCCACAGAGGUAUGAUACCAGUCCAGACCACAUCAGUUCAGACCAGUUUCACCUGGUCGAUGGCGGUCCACACACACCAGCCCUGAGCAGUAGAGCUCAGCUUGUCUCCAGGAGGUUCUACUCCUGCUGUUUGCUGCUGUUCCCUGGGAUUUACCGGAGGACUUUGAGCCAAGGUGCUGCUGAGCAAGCGCAGAGUCAGUGCCCACUUGGCAAGGACUUUGUAGUACUUCUGUAGUACUGCAGGUGAAUACUGGACUUUUUCGACCCGUGAUGGAUGUAGGUCUAAUGCUGACUCAGUGCUAUGGACAAAGUACCAAAAGACCAAUUGUACAAACUUUGUACAGAAACAGUGCUGAACAAGUACUUGUGCAUCAGAUGAUGACUGCCAGAGAACUGACGAAGAACUUGUUUGAUUUACUGCUCAUACCAGGAUGAACUCUUUUCUCCUGAUAAACAGUGGAGUAUUGACUUGGAUGUUGAAUGAUGAUAUUGUAGUACCGUGGAGUACUGAUUGAAUGAACAGUGUAGUACCUUUGGAGUACUGAGAACUUUUGAAGUACUGUUGUAGUACUGUUAUGUGCUGUGGUUAUACAAUGCAGUGUAAAAGCUGUCGUGGAUAUUGGAUAGUUCAUGUUCUGUGCAGUGCUGCAGAGUAGUGUGGAGUCAUAGCAAACUUAGAAGUGCAUUAAAACUGAAAUUCAUUCCAAAAAUCUCAAUUGGAGCUUUCCUGGCAGUAAAUAAAUAAAAAUAAAAACAGACUGUCACACAUCUUUAGCUCUGCAGCACUGACAGAAAUGUUGUUAGCUGAGCUGGUUCUCAGCAGAAAAGAAGAACUGAAGACUCCAGUAGUGACUGCAGAUCGAUCCAACAUGGAUCCUGUUGGGCCAUACUGGCCUCUGACCCCCUGAAGGUUGUGAUACACAGGGCAAUGUUUUGGGCAGGGCAACUCAGGAAACACUUUCAGCAUCAGACGACAAACAAAGGGAGACAAAGUGAAACAAAUCAGACAAAAUGUUAAUGAAUUGAUCUGUGGUUUCCUUUGUUCUGUAUCAAACUCAAUUUGUUGCUUAUCCAUUUAAAAAUCCCUGGUGAAAUUAAUGUUGCAGCAACUCAGAAUUGUCUUAGUGUCCCCCCUGAGCCCUGAUGAUGCUGUCGUGUUUCCAAGUGAGCUGAGCUAUAAUGGACUAGUCUUAACUGCCAAGACCUCAUUGCACUAUGGAGGUGUGUGUGUAUGAGUGUGUGUGUACAGAAGAGGUGAUGUCUUUGUGUGGUGUCAGAUGUAUGCACUGCCCACUCCCUCUCCCCUCCCUCCCAGUCUUCCACUAUUAGCCAACUGAAGGACACCAUCAUCAUCCUGCCUGCCAUCAGUUAGGAUCAUUUGUUUUUAUUUUAUUUGUUAUCUAAAGAAAGAUGUAUUCUUUUAAUUUAAGUAUGUAAUUAUUUGUGUUGCAUUUUGUUGUGAUGUUUUUUUUUUGUUAAACCUGUAAUAAUUUAAAUUGGAUUGUUUUUAUUUGGCAGAUAAUGUUUGUAUGUAAGUAUGUAUGUAUGCAUGUAUGUGUUAGGCACUUGAGACCACUGUGACUGUGUUGUAUUUAAGAGAAAAGUCGUAUGUACAGAGCCUGUCAUUUUUAUUACUGGAAAACAGCUAAAUAUUUUUCCAAAAUAAAAGAG